AUGCGUAAACUUUUACUUUACGCACAAAAUAAUCUAUUCAUUUUUUGCACUUUGAGUUCCAUUUUCUCGGGCUCCAAUAACUUUCGAGUUUUCGCACUUACGGAGUUUGAGUUGAGUUUGACGCGUCUCGCUCGGGGACCGAUACAUGAGGCGAUUGAGAGUGGCGCGGCUGAUUAUAAUAAGGAGGAUUGCACGUGGAGACGGGGGGAUGAUAAAGACGCCUGUCCUGAUCCCGAUGUUCAUGUUUAUCUUUACACACCGGGUAAGGAGAAGAAGCGAAAACUGAUGGAGGAGUUCAAGGGAGAUUGGCUGCAGAUGGAUUAUCAGCCGACAUUGGAGAAUGUUAUUUUGGUACAUGGUUAUGCAGGAGGUGAUGAUACUCUCCCAAUGUCCGUUCUCCGCGACGCGUACCUGAAAAACGGAAGUUACAACGUCUUCCUGGUUGACUGGGGCGCGCUGAGUGCAGCGCCAUGCUACCCGGCGGCCAUCGCGAACCUCCGGCCGGUGGCUAGAUGCCUAGCGCAAACAUUGACGACCUUAAGAAAAAUGGGGCUGCCAAUCCUGAGGACAACGUGCGUUGGUCACUCUCUGGGCGCUCAUCUCUGCGGGAUGAUGGCGAAUUUCCUCUUCUUCCGAAUGCACAAGAUCAUCGGGCUGGACCCGGCUAGGCCCCUAGUACGCCCCGGCCUCGUGAAUAGAUUAGACAGUGGUGACGCUGACUUCGUAGAGGUCAUCCACACGAACGCAGGUUACUACGGGGAAAUCGGACGGGUGGGUCACGUGGACUUUUGCGUAAAUGGCGGAAGAGUCCAGCCAUUUUGUCAAAAGAGUUCCAACGAACAGCUCUGCAGUCACGUUUGGGUUGUCUGCUACAUGGCGGAGAGUAUCUUCGGGGAUUCAAAGAGUCUAACCGCUGAACCCUGCUCCAGGAGGUGUCCAGCAGGUCCUAGGAUCAACAGCAGACCUGGUGAACGCCUCAUAAUGGGGCAGCACACACCCGUAGGGUCCCGAGGUUCCUUCUGCCUCAAGAGAACGAAUCCCCCAUUUUGUCCCGAUUUCAGCAGCAAUGGAAUUGGAGAUCAACGCUGCUGUCUUGAGAAAAUUCCCUCGGAUAGGGUCGAGACCGAUUUCGUUCGAUAGCUAGGGAAAUUUUCGGUGGAAAACUAUCAAUUACAAUCCCUCUAUCUCUUUUUGAUUCUGAGUUAUUCAAGGAAACUUAAAAGAACUAGAAAAUCACUAGAAAGUGAAAAAAGUCACUAGAAAAUGAAAUAAACUCCUAGAAAAUGUAACAAAUCCCUAGAAAAUGAAUAAUCCCCAGGGAAUAAAAUAAAUUGCCGAAUUCCCUAGGAUGUAAAAUUACUAGAAAGUCACUAGGAUUCCAAAAAUUCCCUAGGGGUAAAAACUCAAAACUUUAAAGUAAAAUUCUAGAAUUUUUUUUGACCGUGAUAUGAUUUUUUUAAUAUCUCACGCAAUUCAAGGGAUAAAGGGGUUCAACUAGUGUUUUUUAAUCACAAAAUUCCCUAGCUCUCGGAUGGAUUCGGUUUAAUUUAAUCACCGCAUCGAUGAAUGCAGAAGUUUGAAGUUUUGAGACAGCUGUCAUCGACUUGUCAUCAAUAGUUUCGUCACGAUCACAUUCCAAUGGUUAAUAUUCAAGUGAUUCAGGUAUA